CGUGACAAGACCCCAAGAACAUUGGUUAACACUUUAUAAUUACACCCCUUGUAUUGCACGGAGCGCCCAUGCCUCUCUCGUAGCCACUAUGACUGACCGCCCGCCUCAACAGAAUCAUAUUCUGCGACGGGCUCCAAACGUUCUCAAUUCCAAUGGACAGCCAGUUGAUGGCCUUGCUGCUGAGCCUACCAAGUUUUCGAGCAAGCGUUCCAACAAACUGGGCGCUUCGAUACGCCGAAAAUUCAACAGCAUGGUACGGUCGCGGUCGCUUUCUAUCUCUCCGCCGGCCCAGGAUGGCGAAUUCGACAUCGAGAAGCCCGCCUUGACACACGCUCAUACUACAGACGAGACAACAGUGGAUACCAAGAAUACUUCACAUCUGGAAGUGCAAGUACCACUCAUAUUGCAGAAGGGAACGCCGAUGGUAAAGGUGUCGAGCAAGAAGCGCAGACAGGUCGUCUUCCGUUUGGAUCCUGACCAAGGCCGUAUAGUUUGGGAAGGAAAGGUGCAUCGAUACAUUCCUAUUGAAGCUAUCAAGGAAAUACGGUCCGGUCCCGACGCUCGAUAUUAUCGCCAGCAAUUCCAACUUGCGCCUGAAUGCGAAGAGCGGUGGCUCACUAUCAUCUACAUUCUUGAUGGUGACUACAAGACCCUCCAUGUCAUCGUGCCUACCAAGGAUGUCUUUGAAAUAUGGAAUUACACUCUCCGGAGCUUACAUUCUGUCCGUCAAAAAUUGAUGAGCGGUCUUGGAUACGUAGAAAUGCGACAAGCCAUGUGGGACAAGCAUUACUGGAAAGGUGCCGACGAGGAGCGCGAUCAGAAACUGGUCUUCGAAGAGGUGGAAAAGCUUUGCAAGAGGUUGCAAAUCAACACUGGUCAGGACGAUCUUUACCGACUCUUCAAGCAAGCCGACUUGAAGAACCGUAAUUACCUGGACUUCGAUGAUUGGAGGCUUUUUGUCAAGCUCCUAAAGUCACGACCAGAGUUGGACCGCCUUUACAAGCAGCACUGCAAGGUAAAUGGCGGUUCCUUCGAUUUCGGAGCAUUUGAAAGUUUCAUGAAGGAGAAGCAACAUUCUACUCGCACUCGAUCAGAACUCCAGGCGGUCUUCAAUAAGUAUGCUACGGUGGAACCUACAACUCCCGCUCCAGGCGAGGAUAAGACCUUGGAGACGCCCUCAGAUCUUUGCCCCAAACCGGUUAUGUCCCGAAAAUCCUUCACUAAUUUCCUCAUGUCUAGCGACAAUCCAGCCUUGCCCGAUCACGACAGGAAUAUCCAUCACGACAUGACACGUCCCUUGUCAGAGUAUUACAUCUCUUCUUCGCAUAACACAUAUCUAGUUGGUCACCAGCUCGUUGGAACAAGUACAAUUGAGGGGUACAUCCGUGCGUUACUCCACAGUUGUCGGAGUGUUGAAGUGGAUGUAUAUGAUGGUGAUGACAGCCCAGUGGUCUACCAUGGCAAGACGCUCACUACCAAAGUGCCUUUGCGCGAGGUCUGUAAAGCUAUCAUGAAGUAUGGCUUCGUCGUUUCUCCGUACCCCAUCAUAAUCUCCGCCGAGGUCCACUGCAGGCUCGAGCAACAAGACAUGAUCGCUGAUAUUAUGUUGGACGUUUUUGGGGACGCGCUCGUCCAGAGGCGACCAGACCAGCCGAUCAAAGUCCUCCCUAGUCCGGAGCAGUUGAAAGGGAAGAUUUUGUUGAAGACUAAAAAUGUCAACAUUUCCACCAACGAGGGAGUAGAAGGAGGUCUUUUUAUAGAUGCUUCCGCAUCAUCAACAGACGACUCGGAGGAUGACUGGCGAAAUCCGAAGCGGCGGCAGUCCGACGCCAUAAUGAUGGAGUACAGUCAAGAAUACCAACCAAGGCCCACUUUUCUGGAACGAGUCCGCAGUAUAGGCAGAUCGCCAAGAAGACCUAGUGUUGUCUCUAAAUCGUCCACAUCACCUAGAACAGGCAGACGUGUGUCGCACUCCAGGUCGCCCUCGGGUACCUCAACCGUCACGUUGCCUCCGAGUCCCAUGGCGUUCUCGCCUCCUACCUCGCCCAUGGUGACAGCCAUACCCUUCGAAGCGUCGCCGAAAGUCAAAAUGUCACAAAAGCUACUGGAUCUCCUGGUUUACACAGUCGGCGUUAAAUGUCGAGGCCUCAAUAAGAAGGAGGAGUAUUUGCCUGAGCAUAUGUUCUCAUUAUCGGAGAACACGGUGAAUAAGUAUCUGAAGGAUGGCAUCAUGGUGAUGGAUCUCAUCAAGCAUACGCGCGAUCAUUUGGUCAGGAUAUAUCCCAAGGGGACGAGGGUUAACUCCACCAACUAUGAACCGCAUAGAUGCUGGUAUGCGGGCGUGCAAUUGGUCGCCCUCAACUGGCAGACAUUCGAUUUAGGAUACAUGAUCAAUCAGGCAAUGUUCCAACGGAAUGGUCGCUCUGGAUACGUCCUCAAGCCCGUAGUCCUACGGACCCAAAGUAAGGAUAUGCUUCUGAAGCGGACGAAGCAUCGCCUCGAGGUCACUAUCAUCUCGGCUCAGCAGCUACCGCGGCCGAAGGAUGCGACUGGGCGGGAAGUCAUAGAGAAAGGGUCGGUGGAUCCUUAUGUAGAGGUGUCGGUGCAUGUGCCAGAUUGGACUACGCUUAGCCCGGAGCAACGCAAACCUCCUCGCACAAAUAUGGUGAAGAAUAACGGGUUCAACCCCGUAUGGGAAGAGAAGCUGAGCGUACCAUUUGAGUGCGUUGGGGAGAUGAAGGAGCUGAUUUUCGUCCGCUUUGCUGUUAAGCAGGGUGGACAGGAGGAUGGGGAGCCACUGGCGGUUUUUUGUGCAUCGCUUGGAUCGUUGCAGUUGGGCUACCGUCAUCUUCCUUUGCAUGACGCACAGAUGUCGCAGUAUCUUUUCUCGACACUGUUCGUUCGUAUCGGCGUGUUAGAUGUUGUGUAAUCCUCGCCUUUUCUCUUUCUUUAUCGUUAGAUUAUACCUUUACCUUGUGAUGAUAUGUGCCGGAUUAGCUAAUUACUACAAUUGUAUAUACAUAAGCCCUCAUGUAGCAAUAAUAUUUAUUCUCGUUCAUCUCGUAAAUACAAUAAAAAAAGAG